AGCGUCACGUGACCUGAGAGUGCGGAAGUUUUGAUCCUGAAAGACCGAGCGUCUUCAAGCUGCUAAACGUUUGUGCUUUUUGACGUAUAAAUGGUCAGGAUGACUCAGAAACGUUACCUGGAGGGACAGGUGUACUCUGUACCGCUCAUCCAGCCGGAUUUGAGGAGAGAAGAGGCUGUGCAUCAGAUCACUGAUGCGUUACAGUACCUGGAAACCAUAUCAACAGACAUCUUUGCUAGGGUUUCUCAGAGCGUGGAGAAGAACCGUGCACACCUUCAGUCCGUCACAGACCGGAUCAAACUGGCUCAGGCCAGAGUCCAGAAGAUCAAAGGAAGCAAGAAAGCCACAAAGGUGUUCUCCAGUGCCAAAUACCCCGCUCCAGAAAAACUCCAGGAAUAUUCGUCCAUCUUUACGGGUGCAGUAGAUCCCGCCUCCCAAAAGCGACCUCGCUUUAAAGUUCAGAGCAAACUCCACCCACUGGAUGACAAGGCGCUACAGGAGAAGCUGAUGUAUUUGCCAGUAUGCGUAAACACUAAGAAGCGCUCUGAGGAUGAGACAGAGGAGGGUUUGGGAAGUUUGCCGAGAAAUGUCAACUCAGUGAGCUCCUUAUUGCUGUUCAACACAACAGAGAACCUCUAUAAGAAAUAUGUGUUUCUCGACCCACUGGCGGGAGCCGUGACUAAAACGCACACCACGUUAGAGACGGAAAAGGAAGAUAAACCGUUUGAUGCACCGCUGUCGAUCACCAAGAGAGAGCAGCUGGAGAGACAGACUGCAGAGAAUUAUUUCUAUGUGCCAGAUCUGGGGCAGGUGCCUGAGAUCGAUGUGCCAUCUUACCUGCCUGACUUACCUGGUAUCGCUGAUGACCUCAUGUACAGCGCUGACCUCGGCCCGGGGUUCGCACCAUCCGUUCCUGCCAGUAACAGCAUCCCUGAACUUCCUUCGUUUGGCACGGAGCAAGAUGAAUCGAGUGGAUCUGACUCUCAUUUCAGGCUUGAGGCUCCGCCCCCUCCGCCGCCACCACCCCCUCCUCCACCAGAGCCAACUCAGUUAUCAGUCCCGCCCCCUGGAACUUCUCCUGCUCCGCCCCCUCCACCCCCACCUCCACCUAUCACAGCAGACAGCACUGAUGCCACGUCAAGUCAAGCCCCUCCCGGAGGUAUGGUAAAAGGCGCCCCUACUGAGGUGUUACAGCCGUCGGACGGGCGAGCCAGUUUGCUGGAGUCAAUCCGAAACGCAGGCGGUAUCGGCAAAGCAAACCUGCGCAAUGUAAAAGAGCGCAAGAUGGAGAAGAAAAAACAGAAGGAGCAAGAGCAAGUUGGGGCAGCGGUGAGCGGUGGCGACUUGAUGUCUGACCUCUUCAACAAAUUGGCCAUGCGCAGGAAAGGUAUUUCUGGCAAGGGCCCAGCAGGCGGAGACUCAUCCGAAGCACCUGCCAACUCCGGCGGCGCGUUCGCCAGGAUGUCAGAUGUGAUCCCGCCCCUUCCAGCGCCACAGCAAUCGGCCGCAGACGACGAAGAUGACUGGGAGGCGUAACCAUGGUGACCCAGAGUUGAGUGCAAAACUCAAGAUUCACGAGUUGAAAUACUCAUAGACAGGGUCUGGAGAUAUCGUCUCUCUAAGGAGAGCUGUGAAGUGUCGAGUGAGACGUUUGGUCUCUUGUUUUGUAUCCUGAAGGUCAGUGAAUUAACAUAAGUGUAAGAUGAUGUGUUCUAUAUGUCAUUAAAACCUGUAUAGUUUGAAAGAUUAUAUUAUUAAAGUCAACAUGACAUUGAAAUUCAGUGUUUACAUUCUCCAUUCACAUUUUUGCAUCGGUGCAAAUUAUUUCAAAAUGUAAUAACAUUAAUAUUUUUAUAAUAUUAUGUUAUACUACUACAAUGAUACAAUUAUACUGUAAAAUAAAAAAUAAAUAUACAGUACCAGUCAGAAUUUUUUUAACAGUAAGAUUUUUAAUGUAUUUUUAAGUCUCUUCUGUUCACCAAGCCUGCAUUUAUUUGAUCCAAAUUGCAACAAAAAUAGUGAAAUUUUGAAAUAUUUUUACAAUUUAAAAUAAGGUUUCUAUCUGAAUAUAUUUUAAAAUGUAAUUUUUUCCUGUUUUCAAUGCUGAAUUUUAGCUGAAUUUCAUUACUCCAGUCAUGUGAUCCUUCAGAAAUCAUUCUAAUAUUCUGAAAAACAUUUUGUUAUUAUUAUUAUGUUGAAAAUUGAGUAGAAUUUUUUCAGUGUUUUCAGUGGUUUUUUCAUUUUUUCCCAAGUUAAACUAUUUUAAAUAUUGAUGAUAAUAAUAAAAAAUUGUUUCUUGAACAGCAAAUCAGCAUAUUAGAAUGAUUUCUGAAGGAUCAUGUGACACUGAAGACUGGAGCAAUGAUGCUGAAAAUUUUGCUUUGAUCACAGGAAUAAAUUACAUUUUAAAAUGUAUUUAAAUAGAAAUAAGUUAUUUUAAAUAGUAAAAAUAUUUCACAAUAUUACUGCUUUUGCUGUACUUUGAAUCAAAUAAAUGCAGGCUUGGUGAGCAGAAGAGACUUCUUUAAAAAAACAUUAAAAAUCUUAAUGGUCAAAAACUUUUGACUGCUAGUGUAUUUAAAUAAAAUCAAAUAGAUGCAAAUAAUUUAUCUCAUCCAUUUAAUUAUGUAUGGCUGGUAGUGUAUAAUAAGUAUUAAAAAAAUCACAGAAUUAAUAAAUGCUACUAAUAUUUCUGGCUUUCAAAUGUUAAACUAUAGAGCUUUAACCUUGUCAACAAUUAAAAAAAUAAAAAUCAGUAACAAAAUACAAAAAUUCAUAUAAAUAUGGGGGAAAAAAAAUCCCAUUUUUGAUGCAUACUGUACAUAGUAUGCAUAGAAUUCCUGGAUGACCUACAGUAUACAGUGGGGUACAUGGUAUCCCAUAAAGCAUUGUGCUUAACUAGAGCUAUUUCCAUCAUGAUGAAUAAACUGGAAGUGAUACUGUCAUUUUUAGACUAGCAAAAGUUAAGACAUUUUAACAAAAAAGUUGGAUUAAAAAGUCAACUUGACUCUAAAUUCAGCCUAUUUGCAUACUUCAGUUGUGUUUGAUAAUUUGUGCACAAUUUAUUAAAAAUUCUCAAAAACGUCUUUGUAAUCAUUCAUCAAAUUUUGUAACUUCAACCAUUUUUAAAAUGACUUUCCUUUUCAUCUGAUGUCAUGUAUUUCACACAAGCAUGUUGUUUUAUGUUGACUUUAAUAAUUAAUUGCACUUUUUGAUGAACAUUUUUCACUUCUCAUGCACAUUCAAAAUAAUGUGACAUCAUGAAGUUGAUGGUGAAAUAACUAAUGUUCCAUAAGGAAGAAAAGAAUGUAAAAAACAAGUUGUAUUUUUUGAUAUUUUGUGUUUUACAUGCUCUAAAACAUCUCUGUUAUUAGUAGCAUUAGCACAAAAAAUAAACUCUAAUCUACUAUGAUUGUUUUAACCCA